AUGCGACGCUAUCGGCACCUUCAUGAGGUGUACCCGAGGCCCUACAGUAAUGACCACGAGGGAGGGCAUGAGGUGGACCUAGUCCACGGGUACCAGCACGAAAGGCACCAGUGGAGCGGCAGCGCACAGAGUAGCUGGAGUAGCGGCGGUAGCGAGGAUGACACAGGAAGGCGGUGUGACGCUGCAAUGGCCGCAACCGCCCCGACACCUCGUUCGACCUUGAAGAUCUCAAGGGGAGCUGAAAACCCUCGUGAAGCCACUGGCGUUGCCCUUUCACCCCAUGUGAGUUGUUCCCCAAUCUCCUUCUACUCUGCGCACCCCUCCGCUUUGACAUCUGGAGCGGCAGAGAUUACCACGGCAACUGUGUCGACCCCCUCGCCACCCAAAGCCUUCUACGACGGUCCCUCCUUGCGCGACAGCAUACCGGCGCUGCUGGCGCGACUCGCCAGCGCGGCAACGCCGUCACCGUCACGCGCCCCCACGAGCGCGCGCUCAUUCGAGCUGGCAGCAAAAGAGGACACCUGCACGAAGGACGCCGCAUCCCUGUUGGCGCACCCGAUAGUCGUACCGUGGUGGAGUGGCUUCAGGCACUCCGACCUCUUGGGUGGUGCCGUUUCCACCGCCGGGCACGUGAGAACGACGAAAACCGCGGCAUCAAAUAAUUCAUCGAGGUGGUCAUCGGAGGAAAUCCUACCGGGCACUGCACGCCCUGGACGCACCCAGGCAGGUCGCUGCAAAGUGCGACAACCGAACGAGAAAAACAAGGCACAUCGGUGCGUGAUUGCCUCCGCCGAGGUACAGAGCGCCGCCUCAGAUGCGCCACCGUCAGCGGCAGCUGCAGUUUCGGCAAAUACGCAACAGCGUCAUGUGGGAACGCGCCCGACGCGGUAUGUAGUAGUGCAACGACCUGCCGCUGCCCACAUCUCAUCGCAUGCAGCAGAGGUUUCGGCACAGAUAGGCGCAACCACUCCUAUUCUCGAAUCAGCGGAGCGUCGAGCGGCUAAGUUGACACCGCGCUACCGCUCCGCUGCGUCCUCCAAUAGCAGCGCAGAGCGAACGUGUGAUGUAAGCAGCGUCAGCGUAGAAAGCAACAACACCAGUUCAAGUCUUCAUGCGAGUCGAAGACCGCGCACCUCGCCUUGGCGAAGAAAACCCAACUGUUUUAAUAGUGCAGUAGAGGUCGUUCCUGAGACGAAACCUGGGGUUGACCGGGAAGCUGUUGGGGUCAGUGCUACACCCGAUUCCUUCGUUAAAGCGGGCAAGGAGUCUCCGCGCACGGUGUCUGAGCAGCCACUGCAGCCCCAAGGCGUGUUAUCGUCUUUGAUGAGCUCGACAAGCAGCGUCAGACAGCAACAAACAUCACCGUCCAGGAUGCGUGGCCUCUUUGCCUUCGCCCUAAGCAAUAGGAGUGGUCGCCGUAGAAGCGGUAACGGCGGCGCUGGUGUCGAGUAUAGCUCACUUAACACCUCUCGUGUUGGAGCAAAGACGUUUCCCGAGUGUGUGGAAGGAGUGCCUUCUCAUGUUACAAACCUUCGGCCGCUCGAGCAAAGGCGUUCACGCACUAUUGCAUCACCAUGUCUGCUGCAGCAACCGAUGAAAGGUGUUUUGACCCCAUCUCGCGGUAUUUUGCACCCGGAUGCGUGCGUCGUGUCUGUGGACCCUUCCGCAGCAGCCGUCCAGCAGGCAGGCGACCCACUGGUGUUGCGGCACACUAUCGACUACCUCCUCUCGAAGGCGCGCCGCCUGGAGCAGGAGAACCAGCGAUUGUGGUGGCAGACGCACAGCUGGAAUCCACACAGGUCCAUUGAACCUCAUGAGUCUCAUUCUGUUGCCUCUCCUCUAGCUCACCGGGGUGGGUGCAAGCCCUCUCCCCCGGCAACAACGGUAGCUAGUAUCCCUGCCGUUGUCCCUUCCCCAAGAGUGACCUCCGCGCAGACGCAGCACCCACCUGAGCCUCUGCCGCGUGUGUUCGUAAAGCGUCAGACACGCCUUUCGCAAGCGGCUGGUUGCUCCGUCUCCUCCACCUCGACGUCCUCCGUGUCGCAGGUGACUCCACGACGCAGCAGCGGCGGUGGCAAAAGAGCUGAAGCAGAAGAACACGGCAGCGCAACUCUUGCGCCUCACUUGUGCACUGCCACAGUGUCGCCCCCGUCCGCGGCAGCAGACACACCAAUCACAGGGAGGACUCAGUGGACUCAAACAGCGGCGACGUCGGCCGCGCCGCACACCGAAGUGGGAGCUCAGGGCCGCCCAGCCACGCGAGACGCAGCGACAGACACAACAGAACAUCGAUCGCCGCUGCACUACGAACUAGUCAAUACAGAAGAGGCGGCCGGUGCCUCAACCGAAGGGCUGCAGCAUGUGUCCUUCUCGUCACACGCAGACGUCAGUGCGCAAACAAAGCUCGUUACGCCCCCAGCGGCAGCACUUCUCCGCACGCUGGACACCUGUCAACGAGCGCUACACUACAGGUUACAAGGAACAGAGGGUGGGGACAGUAGAGGCAUCUCUGCGGCCACCCCGACUGCAUCGACGGUGCACAGCAGCCACAACAUCGAUAGUGAGCGUUCGGUAGGCGCAAUGUCAACACACGCCAAGCUGCCGGAGUCAUUCCCGAUUCAGCAGCAGCGUCGAGGCCUCAGCAGCUGUAGCAGUCAUGUACAUGUGACAGGGACAAACCACGCAAACGAGUCGUUCGUAUCACAUAGCCGCUCUCCGACGUACAGCAAACAGGUCCAGACAGCGAGGAUCUGUUUGCCCUCCUUGGACGAGGUGGGGAACGUUGGAGGGAGAAGAGGCGACGGCGACGCCUUGAUGACCUCGACAGCGGAUGGCUCUGCCUCGGUGCUGUCCACGGAGAGGACCGCAGUAAUUGAGUUGCACACGUCCACCUCCUACACGCAGAACACGGUGCGUCGUUUGCGAGAGUACUGCAAGUCUCUGGAGGCGACCCGCCAGCAGCUGCGGCGGCGCUUAUCAAGAAGCUUGUCGAACUCCCGCACUGCUGCGGUAGUAGCACCGUCACGCAUGCAGUCUCUGUCAAGCCGGUCGCACUCACACAGUCAACUUCCGCUGCACUCGCCGUGCACCACAGACCUCGCCCUCAGCCGGCCCUUCUUCAUCUCUGAGUACGUCGACCCGGAGGUUGACGCCACCCUACACGAUGUCGAAGAAACGACUGCGUUGGAGACGAUGAUCGUGCUGCAUGAGGAUGGCGCCGGCUCCAUCACAAAGCGUGUCCUUGACAGCUCCAACUCGUGCAUCUCGGGCUCCACAGCGCGCUCAUCUUCGCCCCAAUCACAGCGCCCAGCCGCUACAAUGACAUCCUCGCUGACAAGUCAGUCUCAGAGCGCGGUCGCAGAGAGCGUCGCAUUGUGGGUGCACCGGUGCUCGCGACGGCACUCAGGUCCUCGGAAGCUUCAAUAUUCCCUUCCACAUCACCAACGGGACACCCAUUCUACCGAGAUCUUAACGGAAGAGCCGCACGCGCACCAGUACAGCUCCUCUCUGCGCAGCGACGGCACGAACUCCUAUUCUGCGCCAGUGGUGCAUCUGAGCCGGCCCACGCGAUCUGUCUCCGCCAGUUCAUGGAACAUAUCUAGUUCUCGCAUUCACUUCGCGGACAUCGCGCCGCUGGCCCCGUCUCUCUCCAGCUCGCCACUGAAGGAAUCACUGUCAGUGGGCCGCUUUGUUGUGCCGCCCACCACACCCUUUUCGGAGGGUGAUACAAAACAGCUACCACCACCACAGCAGCAGCAGCAGCAGCAGCCGCACAGCCGCCAAAUUGAGGUCGGAACAUCCGUUUUGAUCCCCCUCGAAGGCCCCACUGCACUUGGGCAGCGCGCUGAGCCACAGAGUGGCGUCACCAGCAGCACAACACGAGUCAGCAGCAAGAUCAACUCUCAGCGCUUUGUAGUGAAGGAAGUCAGCAAGUUCGUAUCUCCGAAGAAGGACGAAAUACACAGCCAAGGCAAGAGCAGCCGCAGCAGUGCCAACUCUGAGGUGCUUAGGUUAGGAAAGCAGAGCACGCCUUCGGUGUUAGCAGACGUAGCCGCAACACCCUUGUGGGAUCCCACGCGCCAUUCAUCGCGGAGCGCAAGCUCGGUCGUGCUCUCGACGCCUACCGCAGCAUCUGCAGCCGUUGCACCGCGGGUAGGCAACCCCUUCGUCACGCCAGUCACUACAUCCGGCAUCGAGGCGGGAGUUCGUGGUGCAUCGAUUGACAAUGCACACCAGCCGCAUUGCAUAGCCGCAUCACUCGACACCGUAGUAGCCAGUGCGAGCCUUUCUCCUUUAACCGCACCAGAGCCAGACAGCGAGGAGCCCCCAUCACCGAUUGUAACCCAAGUGCAGCAGCACAACUGCAGCCCUCUGCACCACCUACGCCUUGACGCGCACCUCAUCCGCUGCGAUGACGGCGGCAACGGCGACCAGAGAGACCUUUACAACGCCAACCUCCACGUCAAUGGGCCUACCUUGCCGGCAUCGAGAAUACCAUGCGACACUGAGGAAAACAACGAUGACCGAUCCAAGCGCAGCACCACGAAGGCAUUCUUGGACGAAGAGCGACGAGAAGCAUCAACAGUGUUGUCUGCGAGGACAUGUCUUGUGGCGGUGCAACUGCCGGGGAUGGAAAACGACGUGGUGUCACCGGAUGGGGCCGACAGCUUCCAUUCCAGAGAAGCUGCGGCAUCGCCGUGUAGUAGCGCGGAGAGGGCCGCUGGUUUCCUGUUACCAGCCCAGCUGAAGGAGUCACUACUACUGCAGUCGCAACACCCUACCUCCAAACGGCUUAUCUCACCCUCUCCACCUCGAGAGGCAGCCUCGAACGGCAAUGCGCAGAAUCCUCGAGACGGCAGCACAGACUUGACGGCGACCUCCACCGAAUCAACAUCGCCACAUGCAGCAAUGGACUCUACGUCACUGCGACGUUGUCUUGCCUUGCCACAGCAUCGCCCGCCCGUCGCCCCGCCACGCGUCAUCGUCAUGUCAAAGGACAAUGACUCCUGUUCUUCUGCGCGUAGCAGCCUGUCACGCAGCCUGCACUCCCUUUGCUCAACCUUCUCAGAUGGGGAUGACGAUAAUGGCUGCUAUUGGGAUGCAGACAAUGAAGACGAGGCACUCCGGUACACAGAAGAGCUUUGA